AUGCUCUGGCAUUUUACCGGCGACGACCACAGCGGUCUCGCAUUUAGGAUCGACUUUAACAAAGAAUUGGUAACCACGUCUCCUGUUAAGACCAAUUUCCCCGUCUCCGAAUUGAAGUCUCUCUACCGGAGGUUGACAGCGUUUGGUGAGAUUGACAAAUUCGAAGUCUCCAAUCUUACCGAUCAUUUCAACCACACAAGUUUGAGCCAUUACCGGAACGGCGAGGCCGGUGACAGUGGCGAUGGCAAAAAGAUGAGAAAGGCUUAA